GGCAGUGCGCUCAGGGCGGGCGAGCGGAGCGGGCUGCUGUGUGUGCUGAGCUGGCGAGAUGCGCACGGGGCCGCUGCUGCUGCUGAGCGCGGCGCUGCUGGCGCUGGCCGCCGCCGACCGCCGCCUCGACCAGGACUUCGAGUUCGACGACGCCCCGGAUGUGCUGCCGUCGGGCAAUGUGGGGGGCGCGGGGAGCGCGGGGGCGGCGCGCCGGCCGCGGCGAUACACCUAUGACCCGCACAACCCGCUGUGCCGCACGCUGGUGUGCAAGAAGCGCGAGGUGUGCCUGCUGCGGGACUCCUACACCGCGCUCUGCGACAACAAGAAGGCCGUGCUGAGACGAGGGGAUGUGAUCGUAGCGGAGAGAGCGGGCGGCGGCGGCGGCGGCGGCGGCAGCGCGGGCGACGACGACGACGUGUUCUACGAGACGGCGGCGCGCGGGCGGGCGCGGGGCGAGGGGCGGGGCGGGGCGCGGUGCGCGGGGUGCGGGGGCGCCGCACGCGCUGCCUUCCUGUGCGGCUCCGACAACCGCACCUACUCGUCACUGUGCCGCCUCGACCUACACAACUGCGUGCGGCGCGCGCGGCCGCCGGUGCAGCUGGCGUGCCGCGGGUUCUGCCCGUGCGCGGCGCCCGUCCGACCGGCGUGCGCGCUGGACGAGAUGGCGGACCGGCUGCUGGACUGGUUCUCGGUGCUGCUGGAGGAGGCGGGCGGCGCGGCGCCGGCGGCGGCGGGCUGGCCGCGCGGCUGCCGGCCGGAGGUGCGCUGGAUGUUCGCGCACCUGGACGCGGGUGGCGACGGCGAGCUGUCGGCGGCGGACUUGUGGGCGCUGCGCCACGACGAGCGCGAGCGCUGCCUGCGCCCCUUCCUGGCGUCGUGCGGCGGGGCGGGGGCGCCGCUGUCGCGCGCGGCGUGGUGCGGGUGCCUGCGGCGCGCGCUCCGCCCCUGCGCCGCCCUCGCGCGCGCGCAUCCCGCACCGCAACCGGGGGCGUACGUGCCGUCGUGCGACGCGCGCGGGUUCUACCGGCCGCGGCAGUGCCACAGCGCGCUCGGCGUGUGCUGGUGCGUCGAUGCGCACGGCGUGGAGCUCGCGGGCUCGCGGACCAAGGGCGCGCCGCGCUGUCCCGGCGAGGGGGCCCACUCGCCCAACAGCGUGGACGAGGACGAGCCGGGGGAGGGGGGCACGGGGGGCGGGGGGCUCGAUGACGAGGACGCCGGCGGCAGCGGCGACGCCGAGCUGCGCUUCUAGCCGCUGCGCGCCCCUCCUCCCCCUAGACCCUACCAUUACAGUAAGAGCUGUAGACACGUCCGAGUGGGCGGCUCCGCGGCGCCGCUGCGCGCCUGCUGAGUGCUGACUCCCGUCGCGUUUCAACACACGCUAGGUCAUGAUAGUGGUAGCAGUCAGGUUUUAGUUAGUAGUACCUCCCCAACUCAAUAUAUAAUAUUUCGUUCCUCGUAGUAGUCCUCCUGAGUAUGACAGUAUUUUAACACGUCGUUGUAAGGUUUUUCGAUACAUGUAUAUCGUUAGUUUUUGCUAUUGUCGAGUCAUCUUUGUUCAGUAUUAAUUACAUGUUUUUUUAUAUAAGAAGUUGAGUCGAUAAAUCUAUUGAGUAAAUGUUGUGUGAUGUGCAGGUAGUGUACGAAGGUUAAGGCGAGUCGCGCUUAGGUUUUCUAAUCAAUUAUUAUUAAUAUUCUUCCAGUGGCAGUCGUUAUUGGCCUAAUUAUGUACUACUUUAUGUUCAAAAUAUAUAUUAUACUUUAUAGGUUAAGCAAUAUUAAACAAGGCCUUGACAGAUAUAAUAAUAUGCCUAAGUAUAAAAUGUAUGUGUUGUAUUGUGUGUUAAUUGUGACUAAAGUUAUUAGAGAACACAAUUAUUGUUCUAUAGUUAUUGUUAUUAAGUUGUGCACUUUAAUAUUUGUUAUUUCUUCCUGUAUCCCUUUCGACAGUAACUAUUUUAUGUAUAUGUUGGAAGAUAUUGAUCAUUAAUAUUUUGUUUUGUCACACAUAGUAGAAGUACAGUUUUAAUAACUAGUUUCUGAGAAAUCAAUGGUAGGGUACUAUGUCCUAUUGGACAUUACCUAAUUUGCACUUUUUUAAAUCUCACUAGUUUUAAAUAAAAUAAUAAAUAAUAAGGUAACAAA